AUGUCUGGCUUCGCCCAAGCUAGUGACCUCCAAGCAUGGCAGCAGCUCCAGCAGCAUCACACUACACUGGGCCGCAAUAUUGUCUUGAAAGAAUUCUUCGAAAAAGACCCUAGCCGCUUUGAAAAGUUCUCCCGUACCUUCAAGAACACAGCCGACAAAUCCGAGAUCCUCUUCGACUUCUCCAAGAACUUCAUCACCGAAGACACCCUCUCGCUGCUCAUCCAAUUGGCCAAGGAAGCUGGCGUGGAAAAGCUGCGAGAUGAAAUGUUUGCCGGAGAGAAGAUCAACUUCACGGAGAAGAGAGCCGUGUAUCAUGUUGCUCUGCGUAACGUGACCAAUCAACCUAUGCAGGUUGAUGGGAAGAGCGUCGUCGAGGAUGUCAAUGAGGUCUUGGAGCACAUGAAGGUAUUCUCCGAGCAGGUCAGAAGUGGAGAGUGGAAAGGGUAUACUGGAAAGAAGAUCAAGACAAUCAUCAACGUUGGCAUUGGUGGAUCUGAUCUGUGGGUCGAUGGACCAGUCAUGGUGACAGAAGCUCUGAAGCCCUACGGUGACCGGAAUCUCAACUUGCAUUUCGUCUCCAAUAUUGACGGCAGUCACAUGGCAGAGGCAUUGCGUGCCUCCGACCCAGAAACAACUAUGUUCUUGGUUGCUUCCAAGACAUUCACCACCGCUGAAACGGUCACCAACGCUACCACUGCUAAGCACUGGUUUCUUGAAACAGCGAAAGAUGAAUCUCACGUUGCAAAGCACUUCGUUGCCUUGUCCACCAAUGUCGAGGAGGUGACCAAAUUUGGUAUCGACAAGGAGAAUAUGUUCGGCUUCGAGAGCUGGGUCGGGGGCCGCUACAGCGUAUGGAGCGCCAUUGGUCUGAGCGUAGCUCUGUACAUUGGCUUCGACAACUUCCAUGAAUUUCUCUCAGGCGCCCAUGCAAUGGACAAGCAUUUCAAGGAGACCCCGCUCGAGGAAAACAUCCCUGUGCUCGGUGGCCUUCUCAGCGUUUGGUACUCUGAUUUCUUCGGAGCGCAAACACAUCUAGUCUCGCCUUUCGAUCAAUACAUGAGCCGCUUCCCAGCCUACCUUCAGCAAUUGUCAAUGGAGUCGAACGGUAAGGCCAUCACAAGGUCCGGCGAUUACGUCAAGUACACCACUGGAGCCAUCUUGUUUGGCGAGCCCGCAACAAAUGCCCAGCACUCAUUCUAUCAGCUUUUGCACCAAGGGACGAAGCUUAUCCCUACGGAUUUCAUCCUUGCCGCCGAGAGCCAUAAUCCCAUUGAGCACAAUAAGCACCAGAAGAUGCUGGCAUCGAACUUUUUCGCGCAAGCUGAAGCGUUGAUGGUUGGUAAGACACCAGACGAAGUCAAAGGCGAAGGAGCCCCGGAGGAGCUGGUUCCCCACAAGACAUUCCUCGGCAACCGACCUACAACAUCCAUCCUCACCCAAAAAAUCACACCAGGGACGCUUGGAGCGCUGAUAGCAUACUAUGAGCAUUUCACCUUUACCGAAGGAGCUGUGUGGAACAUCAACAGCUUCGACCAAUGGGGUGUAGAGCUGGGCAAAUCGUUGGCAAAGAAGAUCCAGGCGGAGCUUGAUCAGAGUGGGGAGAACACGAGCCACGAUGCCAGUACGAGUGGGCUGAUCAAUGCGUUUAAGAAGAAGGCCGCCAAAGCUGAACAAAAGGCCAGCUAUGCGCCUGGGGAUGCAAUACCUGUUAGCUGUUUAAACAGGACGGUUGACACUGGAGAACAUAUCACAGAUGAUCAGGGCCAGCUUCAGUAUAUUUCUUUCAUGACGUGCAAUGAGACGGGGCGCCCUCUCGAGCUUUACUUUGGCGUUGAGAAAGACAUUAAUUGCACCCUCGAGUCCAUUGACGAUCCCCUCUUCCACCUCCUCGAAUUCUACAUCCACAAUGAUGCCCCUUUGACCUGUCGCAUUCCCACCCAUCCCCUGACCUCCACCCAAAUAUCUUCACCCUCAACCACUUCUCCCACAACAGACGACUUCAUACCUCUCAUAUUUGCUCUCUCCGGCGCUCUUCAGCUUUCACACCUACACAUAUCGCCAAAAUUGAACGUGCUGCUGCACACGAGCCCUGAAUUAGCGACUCAGGAUGCAGAUUUAUUAGCCGCGACGGCAUACUCUUCGCCUUCACUGUCCUCCGCAUCUACGAGGAUAGUGAUUGGCGAUCCGCUUGCCCUCCAACUUUCAGUGCAUUGGUACACUAGUCCAACUCUACCGCCAUCAACAACGGGGAAAGCUGGUCUAGGAGGCCAUGUACAUCUUAGCACGGUGGUGUAUUGUCUUUUAAGCGGGGGUGUGGGCGUGGCGGCGAGUUUGGCUUAUUUCAGAGGGGUGGAGUUGCCGAGAAGGAUCAAAAGGUAUGGAAAGGACAGAACAGGAGGGGAGAGGGGUGGUGGCUACGCAUUUCCUGGAUCUGGAAUGAACGGUUAUGGGACGGGGAAGAGGGAUUGA